AUGCUGCACUUCACCUUCUCUACAGUGUUCGCCAGCGUUCUCUGUCCUUUUGUGCAAGUUGCUUUCUUCUUGGUGCUAUCGACAAAGAAGUGCGAGGAGAGCACGAAAGUGACGCUCACAGGUAUUCGCAAUGGGAUUCUGGAUGAUGUCGUGAACACCCUGAAGGAAGCCUACGAGCAUGUCAAGGACUGUCUUGAUGAGAGUAUUGUGAUGAGAUUCGCAAUGUGGAUUAGAUUUGUCGUGGACGUGGAUCAGUGCACCUACGAGGCGUCCGUAAAUUCUGGCAGCUCGCAGCUCAUCGUGUCCGCAUGCGGUCACUUGCCGCUUACAGCAACUCUAUUUCGUGGACCUCAUGUUGACUAUCAGAACAACGGCUUUACCUUCUCCUCGUGUGCACUGGGAGUGGCUUGUGCCGAUCUGCGAUUUGAAAACAAGGCCAGCGAUUGUCAGUUUGACGUUUGGGAUAUCAAGGUCAAGGCAAGAACCGAGAAUGUCGCAGACAUCUCAACAUCGUGGGUCACCAUUCUGUCCAACGUAACCCUGCGUGAGCAAGACGCUCAGAGUUUCGGCUGGUAG